CGCAGUCACACGCCAAUGGCUAUCUCGAGGGCGGGCAUUCGUGCGGCUUCCUGGGCCGGCCAAUUCCUGGCCUACAACCGAGCCUCUUGGAGAUGUGUUCCCAGCACAACUGCGCGUCCACUGACGACGGUCCGCCCGCGUCGGUUUGCAACGGCGGCCUCCGAAAGCGCUCCUAAGAAACCCUACUAUGUCACGACGCCCAUUUUCUAUGUUAAUGCUGCACCUCAUGUUGGUCACUUAUAUACUAUGGUUCUUGCCGACGUGAUCAAAAGAUGGCGGACCCUCAUCGGAGAUGCUGACGCUCAAUUGCUCACGGGAACGGAUGAGCAUGGUAUGAAAAUUCAGCAGGCCGCUUUGGCCGCGGAGAUGGAUACGCAGGCCUUCUGCGACAUGAACUACAAGACGUUCGAGAAUCUAGCAGAUACCGCCAAUAUGGAUUACAAUUACUUCAUUCGGACUACGGAACCUGCGCACAAGGAAGCUGUUCAGUACUUUUGGGAGAUGCUGAAUCACCGGGGCUAUAUCUACACCGCGAAGCACGAGGGCUGGUACUCCGUUAGCGAUGAGACAUUCUACCCUCAGACACAAGUACAAAAGUCGCUGGACCCAGGGACGGGACAAACAAAAAUGGUCUCCAUUGAGACAGGAAAGGAGGUAGAGUGGUCUUCGGAAACCAACUACCACUUCCGUUUGUCCGCUUUCCAGGAGCGUUUACUGGACCUAUACAAAUCCGGAUUCGUUACGCCCACGAUGUAUACAGCCAAUAUAGUCAAGUCUGUCUCCUCGGGCCUUCAAGAUCUAUCGAUCUCCAGACCGGCGGAGCGGCUCACCUGGGGCAUUCCGGUUCCCGGCGAUGACACACAGACCGUCUACGUUUGGCUAGAUGCGCUGGUCAACUACUUGACCAAGGCAGGCUAUCCGUUCGCACCCGGCCAAGGAAGCCGUCUUGGAUGGCCAGCGGAUGUGCACGUAGUCGGUAAGGAUAUUGUUCGCUUCCACUGUGUAUAUUGGCCCGCAUUCCUCAUGGCUCUUGACCUUCCUCUUCCCCGUAAUGUUCUCGUCCACGGACACUGGACUAUGAACCGUGAGAAGAUGUCAAAGUCGACGGGUAACGUGGUGAACCCUUUCUUUGCCAUCAACCGCUUCGGAGUUGAUUCGAUGCGUUUUUUCCUUGUUCACCAAGGCGCUUUGGUCGGAGACGCCGACUACGACAAUGCUUACAUCAUUCGCGACUAUCAGAAGUUGCUGCAAAAGGGACUCGGAAAUCUUGCGCAUCGGGCGAUCGGCUGUGCCAAGGGUAAUCUACGGUCGUACAUCGAAAAUGGCACGUGCGACAGGCUUCCACCCGCGACUCCGGCCGACGAGGCGUACGAGUCCAUGCUCAAAGACGUGCCCAAGAGGGUUGCGGAACAGAUGGAAAGCCUGAAUCCUCGUGCCGCUCUGCAAGAAAUCACCUCUUUGAUCGAACAGACCAACAAAUAUUUCCAUCACGCGGAGCCUUGGAAGAGCCCGAACGACCGCCAGCGACCAAUCUACAAUGUUGCCGAAUCGCUGCGGAUGGCCGGCAUCCUCCUGCAGCCUGUCAUGCCCACCAAAGCCAACGAGCUCCUGGACAUGCUCCACGUAGACAAAACGGAUCCGGCCAAAAGGAGCUUUGCGGCUGCGACAUACGGCUCCGAUGCAGACUACGGAGUGAAUGCUGAAAAGAGUAUCCUGUUUCCCCCUCUUAUCGUGGAAAGUUAAUAUGGCCGCCUUUCGAUUUAAUAACAGGAAAGGUUCGGAUCCAAUCACGAUCACCAGAUUGGACGUUCGGUCAGCCAGGAAAUGGGCACGGUCUCCGCCAGGGGAGGGUCUGUGGAAGCGCAGCCGGUGUUUUGCCGCUGCUGGUUGGGCCUGCGACAGGGUGAAAGCCUGGUCAUUCACACGUAUGCAGGGGGUUUAUGUUAUGUCAUGGUAUGGUAGAAAUAUGGAGCAGGAUUCCGCAAGUUUAUCAGCGGGAAAAGGAUGCCGACUGGGGCUUACAUGAUAGAUAUCGGGACGGGAAACUGAGUGUUUCCCGCGGCAAACUUGAGUGGACUAUAUCGGAAAGCGACCGUUGUAUAUCAAGAGUAUGGGUUUCAGCGCUAUAUCAUGGGGAGUAUAUGAG